UAUGAUAAAAAUAAUACUUGGAUUGGUAAUCCUAGUCAGUGUAGUAGCUUAAGAUGCAAUCAUAUGUAGUGGUUUCAUUCGAAUUCUAAAGGCAGAUAAAUAAGAUAUAAAUGUGAAUCAAAUUGAAAUGAAACUUUUAGGAUCAAACAACUAAUUCAUUGAUUAUAUUGAGAUAUCUGAAAAUGGAUUCUAUUCUAUAGAAAUUGAAGAUGAUGGUACUCCAUUAAUCGAUUACAUUAUCUUUAUUUAACCUAAAGUUAAAGGAUUUAUGGCCAGUCCAAAUUAAAUUAAUUUAAAAUUCCAAUCAAAAACAUUUGAUGAGGCAAGCUCAUUUUGUAAUAAAUAAUUGAAUUUCUCUAUCAAAAGAGCACCUGUUGAAGAGCCAAAAUAAUAAUAAUAACAAUAAUAACAAUAAUAAUAAUAACAAUAAUAAUAAUAGCAAUAAUAAUAACAUGAAUAAAAACAAUAGGAAUAAUAAUAAUAAUAAUAAUAAUAACAACAAUAAGAAGUGAAUUAAAAUUAAAAUGAUAAAGUUGAAUAGUAAUAAGAAUAAUUAGAAAUAGAUUAACAUAUUGAAUAUAUCAAUAGUAAUUCUAAUAAUUAAGAUUAUGAUUAAACUUAUGAUGAGAAGUAAGAUAAAGAAUUAGAAAAAGAAUAAAUAUAGGUUGAUGAAAUAUAGGAAGAAUUAUUAAAUGGAGAUAUUGAUGAAAAAUCAUUUGAUCAUUUUAGAUUGAUUGGAUAAAUAAUCUUUGAUGGAGAUUUCACUUAAACUGAGAAAAAUUUAUAUUUCAUUAAAUCAUUUAAAGUUUUUGAUAAUUUGGAUGGUAAUAUAUUUCAUUUAUUUUCUAGAGUAAAUUUAAGGAAGAACAUUAAGUUUCUAAAAUUAUUUUGAAGUAGAAACUAAUGAAGCAAAAACUCUAAAAUUAUAAUUAACUGUAGAGAAAACUAAAGAAAAAGGAGAAAGUGUCAACAAGUAGAUAAACUUUGAAUAAAAAAUAUCUAAGAUUUAAUUGCUCAAUAGAUAAAUAAGUGCUCAACCAGUAAAAAUAUUAUUUAUAUGUAGAUUGUGUUUGCUAUAAAGAAAGAAACCCAAUAUAAAGAAUAAAAUAAGGUAGGUUAGGUAUUUGCACCAUUAUUAAUAUUUGGGUUAGUUUUGGCAAUGUUUAAUUAUGAUAAAAUAUUAAAAAAAAAGUGAUU